AUGUCACCUUUCACAACUUUGCUUGGUGUUGUCGGCCUAGGCGCUUUGGCACUUUGGCAGGUUACCGUCGACACCACCUCCAAGUUGCAAAAGAUCGACGGAUUUGGCUUCUCUCAAGCUUUUAGGCAUGCCAAGGAGUUCCAGAACGCACCCACGGCCCUUCAGAAGGGGGCUCUCGAUCUACUUUUCUGCCCUACCGAAGGUGCCGGGUUCAGCAUCAUCCGAAAUCGCAUUGGUUCCGGCGGCAAAGGAGACAGCAUUCUUCCUACGAGCCCUGGAUCGCCUGCAGGUAAGCCGACUUAUACCUGGGACAACGACGACAGCGGUCAGUUUGUCAAGUACUACCAGCAAGCCGGGCUCAACAUUACCCACCUAGGCUUCCUUAACGAGCCCGACUUCUCUCCUGGAUACUCUCAGAUGCAAAUCAGCUUCAAUGCCCAGGAGGCCAUCUCUUUCAUCCCCACUUUGUCCAAAGCCGUUCAAUCUGCCGGUCUCAAGACCGCAGUCACUUGCUGUGAUGCUGUUGGCUGGGCUUCAACCGUCAAAUACACCAACGCUCUCGUUGCCGCUGGUAUGGAAUCCUACUUGGGUCUAAUCACCUCGCACACCUACUCAGGCGACGCCAACACCGCUCUCAACACUGAGUUGUCUUCUUGGGUCACCGAAUCCGGUAUCACGACAGCCUUUGACCUGACCUGGUUCAAGAAUGGAGGCGUUACAGAGGGCAUGACCUGGGCCAACAAGAUUGCCGUUGGCAUCAUAAAUGCCAAUCUCUCUGCCUAUCUUUACUGGGAGGGCUUUGAACUCAAGCAGCUGCAGUACGAUUCCAACCUCGUCGAUACGCAGGAUGGUAAGACCGCGACGCCGUCGGCUAACUUCUGGGCAUUCGCCAUGUGGUCGCGGCACAUCCGACCCGGCGCGCAGAGAUUACAAACGUCGGGCAUGGUGGCAUCCGACGUCUUGACCGCAGCAGUCAAAAACAAAGACGGGUCUAUUGUGAUCAUCUUCACAAACAAUAGCAGCGCUGCUAAGGCUGCCAACGUCUCACUUAAGGGGUUCACUCCCAAGGCUGCAAGCGCAUGGGUCACUGACAACAGCCACAAGUUCGCUUCCACGGCGGCCAGCAUCUCGGGCUCAGGGGUAUCCGUCGCUGUUCCUUCUAAGGGCGUCGUCACUGUUAAGUUAAGUUGA